CCCAGUUAAUUUUUUGUAUUUUUAGUAGAGACGGGGUUUCACCGUGUUAGCCAGGAUGGUCUCGAUCUCCUGACCUUGUGAUCCACCUGCCUCAGCCUCCCAAAGUGCUGGGAUUACAGGCGUGAGCCACCGCGCCUGGCCAGCAUAUCUUUUUAGAACAUGGUUUUCCUAAUAUCUUAAGCCCAGUGUUAAGACCUUACUGCACAUAUAUAAAGAUUCUUUUCAAUAUAUUUCUGCUCUUUCGCAAUGCACCACAUUAUCCAAGAGCACUGUUGGAGAUGUACAAGGAAAUUGUUGUUGUUGUUGCUGUUUUUGGAGACAAGGUCUUGCUCCGUUACCAGGAUGGAGUGCUGUGGCAUGGUCAUAGUUUACUGCAGCCUUUGACUCCUGAGCUCUCCCUCCAUAGCCUCCCAUGUAGCUAGGACUACAAAUGCCUGGCCAGUGUUUUUUAUUCUUAUUUUUUGUAGAGUUGGGGGUCUUGUUAUGUUGCCCAGAUUGGUCUUGUACUCAUGGCCUCAAGCUAUUCUCCUGACUUGGCCUCCCAAGGGGAUUAUAGAUGUGAGCCACUGUGCCCAGCCUAAUGUUGUUUUUAUGCCUUCUAACACAGUAUUUGUUCUGCAGCUUAUGAUCAGGAAAUAAUUUCAACUUUCAUGUAUUAUGGAAGAAACACAUUUUGUGAGGCAAUAGCUGCCAUUGGAUAGUGAUUCCUUUAAUAGAUCUGAGUAAAGUAAAUUGAAAACCUUCUGAAAAGGAUUAAUCAUUCUAGAUGCCAUGAAAAACAUUUGUGAUUCAUGGGAAGAGACCAGAAUAUUAACAUUAACAGGCAUUUGAAAGAAUGCCUGGGUUGAUUCUAACCCUCAUGAAUGACUUUGAGGGGUUUGGGACUUCAGUAGAGGAAGGAGCUGCAGAUGUGGAAAUAACAAGAGAACUAGAAUUAGAAAUGGAGCCUGAAGAUGUGAAUGUUUUGCUGCAAUAUCAUGAUAAAACUUUAAGGAAAGAGGAAUUGCUUCUCAUAGAUGAACAAAGAAAAUGGUUUCUUGAGAUGGAGUCUUUUCCUGGUGAAGAUGCUGUAAACAUUGUUGAAAUGACAACAAAGGAUUUGGAAUCUUACAUAAACUUAGUUGAUAAAGCAGUGGCAGAGUUUUAGAGGAUUGGAUCCAAUUUUGAAAGAAGUUCUGCUGCUGUGGGUAAAGUGUUACUCAAAGAGCAUCACAUGCUGCAGAAAAAUCUUUCUUGAAAAGUAGAGUCAGUCAAUGCAGCAGACUUCAUUAUUGUAUUUUAAGAAAUUGCCACAGCCACCUCAACUUUCACCAACACUACCCUGAUCAGUUGGCAGCCAUCACCAUGGAGGCAGGACCCUUCUCCAGCAGAAGAUGAUGACUCGCUGAAGGCUCAGAUGAUUAACAUUUUUUAGUAAUAAGGUAUUUUUUAUUAAGCUCAAGAUAAUUAAAGUAUUACUACUUGGCACAGGGGUAGUCAAGACUCUUUGGGUCAAUAUGACAGAAAGCAACCUCAUAGCUGGCUCUCAUAGCUGGCUCUCAUAGCUGGGAAAUCAAGGUGGAUUUGUCUGCAGUUACGACUAGAGUGAUGUAUUUCCUGCUUGGCCCAGGCGCUGGUGAAUCUGGUAAAAGUACAAUUGUGAAGCAGAUGAAAAUUAUCCAUGAAGCUGGUUAUUCAGAAGAGGAGUGUAAACAAUACAAAGCAGUGGUCUACAGUAACACCAUCCAGUCAAUUAUUGCUAUCAUUAGGGCUAUGGGGAGGUUGAAGAUAGACUUUGGUGACUCAGCCCGGGCGGAUGAUGCACGCCAACUCUUUGUGCUAGCUGGAGCUGCUGAAGAAGGCUUUAUGACUGCAGAACUUGCUGGAGUUAUAAAGAGAUUGUGGAAAGAUAGUGGUGUACAAGCCUGUUUCAACAGAUCCCGAGAGUACCAGCUUAAUGAUUCUGCAGCAUACUAUUUGAAUGACUUGGACAGAAUAGCUCAACCAAAUUACAUCCCGACUCAACAAGAUGUUCUCAGAACUAGAGUGAAAACUACAGGAAUUGUUGAAACCCAUUUUACUUUCAAAGAUCUUCAUUUUAAAAUGUUUGAUGUGGGAGGUCAGAGAUCUGAGCGGAAGAAGUGGAUUCAUUGCUUCGAAGGAGUGACGGCGAUCAUCUUCUGUGUAGCACUGAGUGACUACGACCUGGUUCUAGCUGAAGAUGAAGAAAUGAAUCGAAUGCAUGAAAGCAUGAAGUUGUUUGACAGCAUAUGUAACAACAAGUGGUUUACAGAUACAUCCAUUAUACUUUUUCUAAACAAGAAGGAUCUCUUUGAAGAAAAAAUCAAAAAGAGCCCUCUCACUAUAUGCUAUCCAGAAUAUGCAGGAUCAAACACAUAUGAAGAGGCAGCUGCAUAUAUUCAAUGUCAGUUUGAAGACCUCAAUAAAAGAAAGGACACAAAGGAAAUAUACACCCACUUCACAUGUGCCACAGAUACUAAGAAUGUGCAGUUUGUUUUUGAUGCUGUAACAGAUGUCAUCAUAAAAAAUAAUCUAAAAGAUUGUGGUCUCUUUUAAGUUUUGCAGUUAAUGGUAAAAUGCAUUUUCAAACCAAAUGAGUACUUAUAUAUGGAUCUCUGUAGACUAGAGUCUUGCAGCAACACAGAAUGUAAUAUAAGGCAAAUGCAUCUGGGACUUGACCAAAGUUGUUCUGUUUUGUUUUUUUUAACUGAAAGUAACAGAAGGACCUUUCUUAAAUGUGACAGAUGGUCCUGCAGUGUGAAACUGAAGGACAGUGUUAAAGCUGGGCUCUAGUAUAUUGAUGAUUUCUGCAUAAGUGUAAAUAUGCAAAUGUAUGUAUACAUGUAUUUAUGACUUUAGUUUUCGACAUUAUUUUUAGGUUUUAAGAGUGGCAACUUAGGAUUUUAGGGUGAUGGCUUUGGAAAUAACAUAAAUAUACCUUGUACUGAAUGACAGACUAUUACUAUGUUUGCCAGUUUUAAACAGCUUUAUUUAUGUUCAUGUCCUGUAAAUUUUUAAGUACAGUAAUUAAUAUUAGGAAACAUUACAGCCCUUAUCUUGAUUAUAUGUAUACUUGUAUUAAUAAAAAUGUUAUUUGUACAAACAUUGCACAGACUAUUUUAAUAACAUGAUUUGUUCUUUAAAUUUUAUGUGUUUUAUUGAAAUGUUCUUAAGAUGAAUACACCUGCCUUUGGAUCAACUAUUUAAACAUUGUAUGCAUUUUGAUUUUUCCUACUUUAAGAAAAUAAAAUAAUUUAAUUUUACAUUAGAUUCCACAUUAGAUUUGGUUUGAAAAACUAAAAUUUCAGAUUUUUGAGGAUAUAGUGUCUUAGACUUAUUGUACACACAUAGUUUUUAUUCACUUGUUUUCACUCUGAAUUUUAAUAUUUGGCUGAUAUUAAUGCAUUGCCUCAAAGGUGGUGUCAUAUUAAUUUUUAUACACUUUAAAUAACUACUUUUUGUUUAUAACUAAGUUUGGAGAGAUCCUAAGAGCAUUUUUUUGGGUAAAAAAAAAAAACACCUGUGGGCAUAAUGAAUUUUGAGACAUUCAUUGGUGAGGCUUUUAUUUCCCUUGAGGAGUCUCUUGUACCUAGCAUACAUGAUAGCUCCUUGUUGGGAAGAUAACGAGAAGGAUCUUUGAAUACUCUAUUGCUGAUAUAAUGCAAGAUUUAAAUUUACACAUAUAACUAGUUUCAAAUGUAAUUAUCACACUCUGUUAAAAUUACUUUUUUCCCUUAGAUAAUUCAAGUUUCUCCACUUGCUUGAGUUUAUAUCAUUUCUUUUUCAAUUAUGCUAUUAUUUCUGAGAAUGAAAUGGACAAUUACACUUAGAAAAUGAGUAAUAGUAUUUAAUAAGUCAGUGAUUAUAUGUAUGCUCAAAUAAGCGUUAUGUAUCAGCUAGAUGCUGAGCUUUGAUAGAAUAAUUUUCUUUUGAUUAUUCAUGGUGUGUCGUCUCUGACCUUGUUUCAGCAAAGUAAACAGCACUCCCCACCCCACCCUCCUUUUUUUACUCAUCUUGGAAAAAAUUAGUCUUUCAGUACACGUUGCUGGUAAGUAGUUUCCAAGUUACGCGUUGUCACUGGGUUGAAGUAUAUUUGUUGAAGUGUGUGUGUGUGUGUGUGUGUAACCAUAAACUAUAUUCAUAUCUGUUUCGUUUGGAGGAUUUUCUUCUUUGUAAUGUAAAGAAAUUCAAAGUUAUCAAAAUUCCUUAAAUGUGUUAGCUUAGAUUAUUUAUGUGCCUUUCAUGAAAGAUAUGUUUUCAUUAAUUUUACUGGUGGACCUGUAAUAUCCACAUUGUGAAGCUAUGUAUGAAAUUCAACUAUAAUAUGAAUAAAUUUGAAUCAUGAGAAUUAUGGGUUAAAAAGCCACAAAGAAGCACAUAUUGGUGACCAUCAUUAAUGAAAUCCUGAACUUUGUUCUGUGUAAUUGUGUUAAUAAAUCCUAAUAAAUUUAAAUUUUUAAAAUUUUACAAA